AUGGCAGAAAAACUCUUAAAGAAGUUAGAAAUCUUAGAUGAUCAAGCAAAGAUAAUCUUCACCCAAAGAGAAAAGAUAAACAGGAGUCAGAGUGGAGGAACGAAAAAGACUCUGAAAACACCCCUGACAUUUGAUUUUCAGUUGGAACUUGACCAGCCUUUCGUUAAACAAACACUUAAGACAGUAUCAAAGACCACAGAAGAUACAUUAAAUAAUAUUAAAAAACAAAAAAGAUAUGUCUCCUUCAAAGACAAGCCUGAAUAUAUAAAAAGGCCUUCUGAAAAAUCAAAUUUAAGACCAUACUUUGUUCCAACAAAUGCAAAGCAUCAAGAAAAUAAAUUAUCAGCUCAAACCAAGCAUAAACCUCUAGAAGGACUUGAUUCUGUUGACCACUUAGAAAAUUAUGUAACUAAAAGAAAAAAAUAUUCAUCACAGGUGAAUUAUUUUACUAUAAAAGAAAGUAGAUCAAUGAGAAACGAUCAAUUAAGUGAGCACUGUGCAGUAGGAAAGAAAACUUUGCUGCCCUUGAGCUUUGAGGAUGAACUGAAAAAGCCAAAUGCCAAGAUAAUCAGCAUUGAUUCAUCAAAGAAAGAAAUUUCUCAGACGGAACAAAGUCAUUCUACAAAUCCCUUAAUCUUCCACAACUCGGAAUAUAUACAAAUGUUAUUUUUGACCCAAAAAAAGUUUCUUGCUCAACAUACUGGAAAUGAAAAUAUUUACCCAGAUAGAAGAACAAAUCUUGUUUUACAAAAAAAUUGCAGACUCCUCAAUUCUCUGACUAAUGUUCAACCUAUUAUUCCCAACCUCAGAGAAAUUGGGCCCAAAUCAUGGAGGAAAAAAUCUCGUAAAGUGGAAUACAGAGUAGUAGAGGAUGAAACAAAGAUAAAAACAAAUAAGGAGGUGUUAGAAAAUGGAUGUUUAAAUAAACCCUGUAACUUCCCACAGACUUCUUCCAAUGUAACAAAGAAAAUUGUGGAUUUUUUUGAUAAAGUUAUUACUCAGGAAAUGAACACUAGAACUGGAAAACUUGAUAGGAUGUUUUCUACCAUGAAGUCAGUUAAUACACAUAAAUUUAGUACCUCAACAAGCAAAUGUUCAAAGCCUUUUAAAAAAUGCAGUCAAAGUCUAUAA